AUGCAUCAGGGAAUCAAGCGGGCCAUGGGACCGGUAGCUAGAAAACGUGCGACUAUCAAGGACACGGACGGGUCCCCGAUAAGCGAUAAAUCCCUCCAACUAGAUCGCUGGGCGCGGCACUACAACAAUUUGUACUUUGAGGAGCUUCAGGAAAAAUGUCGUGAACAACGCAAACCACUAUUUAUGGCAUUCGUCGACCUAAACAAGGCUUUUGACACCGUCAGCAGAAAUGGCCUCUACGAAGUCCUAAAUAAAGUCGGUUGCCCGCCGAAGAUGCUCGCCCUAAUCAAGUCCUUUCAUGAUAACAUGCGCGGGUGCGUUGUUUUUGAUGGGGAUGUAUCAGCAGCAUUUGACGUCAACCGUGGAGUAAGGCAAGGCUGCGUUUUGGCUCCAACUCUCUUCGGCAUAUUCUUUUCGGCGCUUCUAUCUGCUGCCUUUGAUGGAUCCGAGGAAGGAGUGCACCUGCAUACGAGACACGACGGAAAGCUCUUCAAUAUAAAUCUUUUGAAGGCCAAGAGAAACCGUCUUGACCUACUCGUCAGAGAACUGCUCUUCGCCGACGAUGCCGCAAUUGUGGCCAACACCGAAGAAGAACUUCAGCACCUGGUCACGCGAUUUGGUCGGGCAUGUGACAUGUUCUCAAUGAGUGUAAAUACCAGGAAAACAGUCGUUAUGGCACAAGGCACAACUAUUCCGCCUACGAUUACACUCAACGAGUCCACGCUGCAAGUGGUUGACCACUUCUGUUACCUAGGCUCAACAACCACGUCUAACUUGUCCAAUGACAAAGAAAUUGACUCCCGCAUUGGCAGAGCUUCAACGGCAUUUGGGAAGCUGUACACAAGGGUGUGGAGAAAUUCUAAGCUCACCACCCGAACCAAAGUCCUUGUGUACAAUUCAUGCGUUCUCAGUACCUUACUGUAUGGUUCUGAAACUUGGACAACCUACAGAAAACAGGAGCGCCGUAUUAACGCAUUUCACAUGCGCUGCCUGCGGAUAAUUAUCGGAGUCUCGUGGAGGGACAAGGUUACAAACGAAUGCGUCCUCAACACCACACGCACGACCAGCAUUACUGCCAUCCUGAAGCAGAGACGCCUGCAAUGGCUGGGACAUGUCCAAAGACAGGACACAGAAAGACUGCCCCGUAGAGUGAUGUUGGGACAACUGGCCAAUGCUACCAGACCAGUUGGGCGGCCAUUACUGAGAUUCAAGGACUCAUGCAAGCGCGAUAUGGACGACUUCGAGAUAGAUAAAGAUAACUGGGAGUCCCUGGCAUUGGACAGACCAGUAUGGAGACAACUGCUGCAUCAGGGCAAAUCAAAACACGAUGGGAAAUGGUUGGAAAAGUUAAAAACUAAGAGGCUUAAUCAACAUCUGGAAGCAUCGCCAAACCCGAAUUAUGCCUGUGUCCGAUGUGGCAAGCAGUGUAAGGCCCGUAUAGGCCUGUUCAGCCACAUGAGAAAAUGUGGCUCUCAAAACCCACAGCCGCUGUAA